CAGGGGAUGAACAAUCAGUACGCCCGCCGGGAGGUCUUCUGCCGGAACACCUGCCACGAGCUCAAACGCUUCUGGGAAAGAGAGAUCGGCAAGCAGACGUGCUACCGGGAGUCCGAGGAGCAUCGUCUGGGCCGAAGUGCACUGAGGAAGCUUAGAGAAGAAUGGAAGCAGAGGCUGGAAACCAAGUUGAAGCUGCGGAACAAUCCAGAUGAGUCUGAGAAGCGGGCCAAUGUGGGCUGA